AUGACCCACGCCCUGCACUACGGCACCGGCGUGUUCGAAGGUAUUCGCGGAAACUGGAACGAAGAACAGGGAGUAGUCAAUAUAUUCCGGCUGCGGGAACACUAUGAGCGAUUGCUGCGCGGCGCCCGCCUGCUGAUGUUGAACAUCCCCUAUAGCGCCGAAGAAUUGUGCGAUAUCACGGUUGAACUGGUGGAACGCAACGAACACAGCCAGGACAUUUACAUUCGCCCCCUGGUGUACAAGAGCGCCGAAAUGGUGGCGAACCUCAAAUUGCAGGAUCUGGAAAGCGACUUCACGCUUAUCACCGUACCCUUUGGCAACUAUCUGGGUAGCGACCUGCUGCGUUGCUGCACUUCUUCCUGGCGGCGCGUGGACGACCCGAUGAUCCCCGCUCGUCUCAAGAUCUGUGGCAUUUAUGUCAACAGCAUUCUGGCAAAGACGGAGGCUACCCUGGCCGGAUUCGAUGAAGCCAUCAUCCUCAACCAUGACGGUCACGUUUGCGAAGGUUCCGGUGAAAACCUGUUCGUGGUAUCGGAUGGCAGGUUGAUAACCCCAAGCCUCGAGGACAACGUGUUGCCAGGCAUUACCCGGGACACCGUAAUCCAGUUGGCGCAGAGCGAACUGGGGUUGGACGUGCUGGAGCGAAGCAUCGACCGCAGCGAGCUUUACCUGGCCGAUGAAGUCUUCCUUACCGGCACUGCGGCCCACCUUACGCCGGUGGUGGAACUGGACCACCGUCCCAUUGGCGACGGCAAUGCCGGCCCCGUUUCCAGCAAGCUGCAGAAAAUGUACUUCGACAUCGUUGUCGGCCGCACUGAAAAGUACCGGCACUGGUGCACUCCGGCUUCUCCCCGACUGGUGACAGUUUAG